UUACAUGUUACAUAUAUAUCUAACUGCAUGCAUCUAGGGGCUGGGUAGACGUUGCCGUCCAGGAUAUGGGUAGCAUUAAAUUGUCAGUGUGUUUCAAUCUCCACAGGAAUAUAGGCUUCAAUCCCCACUUUUGUCAAUGGCGCCCACACUCCUCUGUUAGAAAUGGCAGCUGUAGCGUUGCUUCACAGUACAAAAGGCGAUCUUCUACUUCUUCUUCCUCUGAGGAAGCUAAAUGCAAAUCUUCUACUCCACAACCUUGCUUAAAGAAGGUUUUGGUGCCGAUAGGAGCUGGCACAGAGGAAAUGGAAGCUGUGAUAAUCAUAGAUGUUCUGAGAAGAGCUGGUGCACAUGUUACAGUGGCGUCGGUGGAACGAGACUUGCAGAUUAAGGCUUCCUUGCAAGUUAACAUUAUUGCAGAUACUCUGAUAUCCUCUUGUGGACAAGAGACGUUUGACCUUGUUGUUCUGCCUGGAGGGAUGCCAGGCUCUGCGAGGUUGAGGGACUCAGAAAUUUUGAAAACCAUUACAAGAAAACAAGCAGAAGCUGGGCGUCUAUAUGGUGCAAUUUCUGCAGCACCAGUUAUUGCCCUUGAUGCAUGGGGUCUGUUGACUGCAGUAGAGGUGACUGUCCAUCCUGCAUUUUCCUGGAAGCUUUCUUCCUUCUGGACUGUUACGUCAAAUGUUCACAGAGAUAAGCUAUUGACUACCAGUCGUGGUCCUGGAACUGCCAUGGAAUUUGCCCUUUCACUUGUUGAACAACUUUUUGGAAAAGAAAAAUCUGAGGAGAUUGAGAAGACUUUGGUGACGAAAAAUAAUGAUGGGAAUGGAUCGAAGAGAGAAGAGUACAAUGCUGUAGAUUGGGAAGUUAAAACCAUUCCUCGUAGGCUACCCCAUAUGAGUAAAACAACAAAAAAACAAACAGCAGGAGAUGGAAGCAAAGGGCAAUCAGAGAAAGACAAUUGUGCAUCAGUAGAUCAAAAGAAGCCAUCACCUUCAGCAAAUCAAGAACUCUUAUCCAAUGGAAUCCAACAAGUGGCUAAUGGAUCUGAGGAGAUGGAAGCUGUCAUAGUUAUUGAUAUUUUGAGAAGAGCUAAAGCAAAUGUUGUUGUUGCUUCAAUAGAAGAAACUCUAGAGGUUGUGGGAUCCAGAAAUGUAAAAUUUGUUGCUGACAAGCUUAUUGAAGAUGCUGCAUCAUCAGAAUAUGACCUGAUAAUUCUUCCUGGUGGUAUGCCUGGAGCAAAAAGGUUGCAAAAGUCAGUGUCUUUGAGAAAGCUGCUUAGAGAGCAGGCAUUGUCAAAUAGGAUCUAUGGAGCUAUUUGUGCAUCUCCUGUGGUGGUGCUAGAAACCCAUGGGUUGCUCAAGGGGAAGAAAGCAACAGCUUAUCCAUCUUUCUCAGGGAAACUCUUGGAUCAAGGUGCUGUCAAUGCACAAGUUGUAAUAGAUGGGAAAUUGAUUACAAGCAGGGGGCCUGGAACAGCAAUAGAAUUUUCGUUGGCUAUGGUAGAUAAGCUCUAUGGCAAAGAACGGGCAAAAAAUGUUUCCAAAGGCAUUGUCUAUGAUUAUUCUUAGGGUGUGUCAGAUUCCUAAGCAUUUCAUACUAACUGUAGUUUCCAUAUUCAAUUCAGCUCUCCUUAUGAACCACUUUUGUACAUCAAUAAUUUUUGUAAAUUAUGAUUGGUGGCAACUAUCUUAUAGUAUCUUUCAUUAUUGUGUCCCAUUCACCUCAAGUUUUUAAAAAUCAGUCACAAUGAUGCUAAAUUGUGAAUUUCCAGUCA